UAACUGUGCGAAGAAGUUCGAAAACGAUUUCAAAGGGAGAAAAAAGAAUUGAAAAGGAAAAGAAAUAAGGAUGUAGGAAAAUAAUAAAAUAAAAGAAAAAUACGAAGGGUGAGGAGAAGAAGGGAUAACGAGGAGGAGAAGGAGAAGGAGAAGAAGAAAGAACAAAUUAUUCAAACACUAUCGUAUUUCCCAACGUCAGACGUUUAUCGUGCCUCGAAGAGUAAUGGACUUCUUCGAUAACAAAUAUUACAAAUAUAAUCGGUUCUUUAUGUCCUUGCUUGGACUAUGGCCUUAUCAGGAGCCCUCAACGAAACUGAUACGAUCUUCGAUCGUUCAACUCAUUUUGUCGACCAAUAUAUUUUGCUCGGCUGCGAAAAUAGUCACGUGUACGAAGAAUCUCGAAAUAAUAAUCGAGAUUUUAAUCUAUUUCUUCACGUUCGUUUGUAUAACCUCGAUUUAUAUGGCUUCCUACAUUCAUAUGGACAAAGUGAAAUUUCUUUUCGAUCAGAUAAAAAAUGAUUGGAUGGAGUUCAGAAAUACGGAACAGUUCUUUAUCGUGAAACAUUAUGCUGAAGAAAGUCGGAUUUACACUUUGCUAUUCAUGGUUGUAUUUUUGUAUUUUUUUCCAGUCAGUUUCUCCGCCUGCAUCGUAGCAAUUUUAGCGGCACCGAUGAUAUCUAUUAUAAUGGACGUCAUUGUACCAUUGAACGAGACUCGGCCACAUAAACUUCCCAUUCAAAUAGAACUGUUCAUCGACGAAAAUGAAUAUUAUUACACAAGUUGCAUCAUCAUAACUCUGCUGAGUUGCGGUAUAAUAAUUACGAUGAUAGGAAGUUAUUCGAUGUUCACGACUUACGUACAACACGCAUGCGGAAUGUUCAGUCUUGCUGGAAACGCGCUCGAACAAAUAUUAAACGAAUUGGAAUUAACGGAGAAUAAAUGUAAAUCUGUAACGAACAUUCACGAGAAUAUCGUUCGUGGUAUUAAAUAUCAUAACAAGGCAAUGCAGUUACGUAUAAGGAACUUUUAA